UCAGGUCACUGUAUCGUGUAGAAGAUAGAUUGACACGAUCCUAUAUUUGUACAUAACUUCUGUCUUUAACCGGUUUAGGAGAGAGGCAGGUUCUACAUAACUUCUGUCUUUAACCGGACAAUAUGAAGACUUAUUCAGUCUGCGGGUUGUGGACACUUUUAAUGUACAUCAUUAGUAUAUCAUCAACAUCAAGUGACACAGACGGUACAGUUCAGCACAUUGUGGCCUUAGUUGGUGAUGAUGCCAUCCUGCCCUGCACCCUGAGCAGCACUGUCAGUGCUGUGUAUCAGUCAGUAGAGUGGCAGAGACCAGACCUAAAACCAAAAGAGGUCCAUCUUUACAGAGAUGAGAAGGACGAUCUUGUGCUCCAGAAUCCAGUCUUCAGGGGAAGAACGUCACUGUUUAAAGAAGAACUAGAGAACGGCAACGCUAGUUUAAAGUUGACCAGAGUGGAACUCUCUGAUGCUGGAAACUACACCUGUUACAUUCCACUGCUGGACCACCAGAAAACCAUCAUUCAACUCAUUGUUGGUAGAGACCUCCAGCUCCAGCAAGAACUGUAACAAGAACUGCUACUACAACUGUCAGCCAGCAGGAAUGACACGUCUUAGGAAACAUUUGAUCUGAAACACAGGAUGUAGAAUUAUUACAAUACCUAAUGCUUAAUACACAUGAAAUGACUUUUAAACAGGACAUUUUUUUACAGAUAGUGCCUUUUUUCAAAUAUCCAA